AUGGACGAAACAGUCGUCAGAGUCGGUUACCAUGUACUUGAGCGAGCGUGGAAGGUGAGAACAUGUAUGUCAGUCUGGUUGGAUUUUGUAGCUGUUCGUUUUGGUCUGAUCGGGUUGUAA